GCACGCACGCACGCGCGCGCGCCCCCUCCCCAUAUGUCUGCCUCCUUCACGACGGACGGCCCGCCAGACACCCACGCCUCGAGUCCCCGCCAGGCUCCGGGCCCCGGGGUGGUCGAGCCCAGCCCCGAGUCCACCCUGUCGGACUUCGAUUCGGACUUCGCCCCCUCCACCUCGGAGCUGUUGCCCCUGAGCACGGAGGAGAGCGCCAGCCCGCCAGGGGCAGCCGGCCCGGCGGCAGUCGCCACAGUGACAAGUCCGCCGGGAGCAUCUGGCCCGGGGCCACAGGCCGCCGGGCCGAUCCCAGCACUGCCAGGCGCCGAUGCUCGCGCGCGGUCCGUCUCGCUGUCGGGCCUCGGUGGGGGUGGCGCUGGCGGCGGCCCCCUGCCCUCCAGCCCGGCGGCCCCGGUCACCUCUUUCCAGCCGACCCCGAGCAUGCUGCGCUCGGUGCGCGAUGAGGCGGUGCUGGCGUCGCUCACCAGCGGCGCCGCCCCGCUUGGCAUCGUGCUGAGCCUCCCAUCGGUGGACAGCCUGACCCUGAAUGUCGACUCGGCGGCCGGCACGGCCGGGCCCGGUGCCGCCACCCUGCCGGAGCCUCGGCUGUCGUCCUCCUACUCCGGGCCAUCCUCCGGGCCGGGCUGGCCGGACACCGGGCUGUCGCCACCGUCAUCCGGGGCCACCUCGCCGCCGCCAGGCCCGGCUGGCGAGUGGGUGCCCCCCCUGCCGCCGGGCUUGGAGACCGGCCAGCCGCCGGCCGCGGCGGCUCCCCUGGCGGCGCUCAUUUCCUCGCCGCUCUUCGAGUCACUUGGGUCCCUGCGGCGGACCUUCGGCACGGUGCUCGGUCCGUCGGGCUCCAACUCCCUGUCCUUCCUGUCCUCCUUGUCGGGGAUCUCCGGGCUUGGCGGGUCGUCCCCCGCGCGACACCCCCCCGCCUCCAGCGGUGCCGGCCCCGGGGCCGGCCCCGGGGCCGGCAUUGACCCUGCCCUGCGGCGAUUCAUCGCGGAGUCCAGCGCCGGCUCGGGCGGCGCGGCGGUCGCCGACUCCGGGUGGAAUGUGGCCGCCUUGGCAUGUGCCCUGCGCGAUGUGGCCCACAGCCCGGAUUCGGACUUGGACGAUGUGGCCCUGGUGUCGGGCUCCGGGGCCGGGGCGGCCGAAAUCCGGCGGCGGUUCCCGGUGUGCGCGCGCCUGCGCCUGCGCCGGUAUCUGGCCCGGCCGCCGCAAUUUCGCUGGUCUAGUCCGGUUGGGGCGGCGCUGGCCGAGCGCCUGCGGCCGGCGGCUGGCCAGUCGACCGCCACGCGCGACCAGCUCUCCGGCGCCCUGGCAGCGCCGCAUGUGUCCUGGCUGGUGAUCGCCAUCGGGGCCGGGCGUCCGAGUGUCGGCUUCUCGCAUGCCGGCCCGGCCGAAGGGGUGACCGAGUGUGUGCGCCUGCUGCUGGCCUGCGGGGCCCGGGCUUGCGGGUGUCUGGAUGCGCUGCAUGCGGCGCCGUCGGUCGGCUUUGCCGGGGCCGGGCUGCUGACCGGGCCGGAGCCCGGCUGCCGGGGGUCCCCGAGCACUGGGCACUCUCACUGGCCGCCGCUCAUGGAAAAUGCCGUGGCCCUGGGAGCCGCGCUGCGGGCCCUGUCGGAUGCGCGCUUCACGCGCACCGGCGGCACCACCGGCCCGGGCUUCAGUCGGUUGGGCCCGGCCCGGCGUGUUUACCGGUCGGUCCUGCGCCUGCGCGCGCGGCUCAAGGAGGGCCUUGCCGCGCUGAAUGACCGCACGGUCGCCCCGGACCCGGACACCAUCCGGGCCCUGACCUUCGUCGAUCCCGAGGGCGAGGCCGACGCGGCCGUGGUCCUGGAGCCGGUCGAGCGCCGGGUCGACGAUCUCCUCUGGACCGCCUUCACGCUGAUCCGGCACGGCGCCCUCCGGCAUGAGAGUCCCUGGUGGCCGGCGCCCGAGGGGGACCGGUCUGAUGACCCGCUGCCGGCGCCCGUGGUCGCGGCCCUGGUGGCCGGGGCCGGCCUGCCGCUGGGGCUUUUCCUGAUCUACCACCGGCGGUAUGCAUAUGAUGACAGCGCUGCCGGCACCUAUCGGGCCCCCUACGCGCUGGAGCCUCCCCCGGGGCCCGGGCUGUCGGAAUACGGCACUUCCGAGGAGGUGGCCCGCUGGAAUGCCGACCUGACGGCCAGCGGGGAGAUUCGCGCCCGAUGCGAGGAGGUCCUCCAGACGCUCGGCACGCUGGGCUCCCUGGCGGCGUUGGGGCUGGCGGCAUCGGCCGCUCCCGCCGACUCGGGGAUGGACCAGUGGCGCAAUCGCGUUGAGAGCCUGGUCCUCGGGACGUCGCUGGCCAGUUGUGGCGUGUGCACGGUGUCGGUGGCCGAUGCGCCGACAUGCCAGCAUGGGCAUCUGGCCAGCGGGGCGGCCAGCCCGCCGGCACACCGUCCGGCCUCCGGGACCCCCUCCCCCCCGGGGGCCGGGUCCCCCUCGUCGCCAUUGCCGGCAUCGGGGUCCUUCCCCCGGCAGGGGCUGCCCGAGACGGCCGAGUCACGGCCGAGUCUGUUGUCGGCCAGCCUGCGGGCCGACGCGGCGCCUCGCCCGGUCGACGACACGUGCUGCCCGUGUGCGGCCUUCCUCGAGAAGCUACUUGAGCCGGUGGGGUCGGCCGACUCGGGCGUCGACCCGCCUCUCUGCCAGUCGCUGGUGCCCUUUGCCUCGCCACUUGCCCAUGGCCCCGGCGCCGACCUGCCCGAAGAUGGGGACUUGUCAGGCGACCAGCAGGCGCCCCUCAUCGAUGACGGGUGCCAGGGCACCAAGGCGCCGAUGACCAUGCGCCAGCUCCUGUUGGGGGUUUCCCCGCGACAGGAGUUCUCCCGGCCCACGGGCCCCGUGGCAUUGACAUCGCGCCAGGAGUAUCUGCCCUUGAAUCCGGCGGCCGGCCGGCAACUGCUGGGCUUCCAGUCGCGGCAGGUGGACUGGUCGCCGGCCUGGGCCGAUCCGGCCGACGAGGUGGCCCUGCUGCUGAGUCGUGUGGCGCUCGGGGUCUUCCCGCUGGACCUGCUCGGGGCCUUGCCGCUGCGAUGCGGCUGUCGGCUGCUGGCGACCGAGGGGUCGACGCGCGAUGCGCGACCCUCUUCCGGGCUGAGCACCACCCCCGGGUGCGAUGCUUGCCAGGGCCCCGGGUCGGCCGGGCAUUUGGCGCGCGCCGACCCGCCGGGCCAUGCCUUCUCCGAUGGCGGCCCUCGGGCUGGUGGCUUGGCCGGGCGCCCCGGGCGGGCCUCCCUCCCGGAGGAGGGCUCCGCUGUGCGGCACGAUCCCACCGGCGCCCGCACACUCGGCAGCCCUGCCACGGGAGCCGGGCGCCCGACCACCGGGGCCCGGCCCUACUUCGGGGGCUUCCACCUGGUGGAGGAUGCCUCGCCGCGGCCCGACAGCCCGGCCGGGUUUGUGGAGCUGCCCGAGCGCCCGGAGGCCUCGCCGCCCCUGUCGCCCGGGCUGGUGACCGGCCUGUCCGCCGGGCUGGCCGGCGGGCCGGCGGCCGAGCAAUUUGCCGAGCCGGUCUCCUCGGACGAUGACCUGCCGGGGCCGACGCAUGCGCUUGACGAUGCACCGGUUGCGGCGGCGGCGGCGGCGGCGGCGGCGGCGGCGGCGGCGGCGGCGCCAGCGGCAGCUGGCUCCCUGACGCAGCCGGCUGGCGAGCCGAGCCCCGCACCUGUGCCUGGCGGCGGUCAUGAGGGCGUCGCGGUCGCCGGCGCCGGCGCCGGCGCUGCCACCACCGCGGCCCCCCCGUCGCAUGGGUUCUGCCCUGAUGUGGACUUCGCCCUGGACGAUGUGGACUCCGGGGUGGACAUGGUCGUCGAGGCGGGGGACAUCGUGGCGGACUUCCUGGACGAUGACGACGACGCGGACGACGAGUCGGACGAGUCGGAUGCCGACGACCGCGACGAGGUGGACCUGGACCUGGACCUGGACCUGGAUGUGGACCUCUUCCAUGAUGACGAGGAGUUCGCCGUGGUCCAGUGGCCGGACCCCAUCGCCGGGGCCGGGGUCCUGCCGGGGCUGUGGCUGUCCGAUGCGCCGCCCACCGGGCCGCAGCUGGCCGUCCUGCGGCAGCAUGCCUUCCGGCUGAACCAGCAACUCCGGGACCAUGUGGCCCUGGUCGAGGCCACCGGGCGGUCCCUGGCCCAGCGCUUCGGCCUGGGCGUGGCCGAGCUCUGGGUCCCGUCCGGCAGCCUGGCGCACCAGGCCCUGCCUGUGGCCUCCUUCUCCACGCGCCUGGCCCAUGUGCGUCUGUUGCACCUGCUGUCGUCGGAGUCCCCGGCGGUCGGUGCGGCCUUGGACCCGACCGGGCGCCUGGGCCGCGCGGUGGCGCAUCUGCUUUCGUCCCGGCGCAUGGCGCGUACAUUGGCCGACUUCGAGCCGGUGGGGUUCGUGGCGCCGGCUGCGUCUGCGGCGUCUGCGGCGUCUGCGGCGUCUGCCGCGGCCGCCACGGCCGCCGCGCUGGCCACCACUGGCGGGGGCGCCGCCACCACGGCCGGCCCCAUCGCCGGCCCCGGGCCCGGGGGAGCUGUCCUGGCUUCGAAUGGCGCGGUGACGGUGGGUGCCGCUGGGCGAUCGGCGGCCGCGCCGGCGGGCGACCAGCUGGCCCUGCUCCGGGCAGGUGCCCGGCGCGCGCUGGCCGGUGCCGACACCCUCAGCCCGCCGGUGCGCAAUGACCUGCUGGACACCUUCGAGUCGGUCCGGGCCAUGUCUUCGCACCUGCAUGCCAUCGCGGAUUUCAUCGAGGACAGCCUGCGACUCUUCUCGGUGUCCUUCAUGCCCGGCGGCGAGGGGGGCCCCUUUGGGGGGGCCCCGUCGGAGCACGACUCGGCGGCCGUCAUGGGCGCCGGCCACCGGUCGGCCGGCGGCGGGCCCCCGGGCGCAGGUACCGGCGCGACGUCCGGCCACCUCGCCGGGUCCGGCCAUCAUGCGGCAACCGAGCCGGCGGCCCCGCUGGCCACCUAUACCCCGGCCCCGGGGGACUCGACGCACCGCCGGGGGGGUCUCAGUGGGCUGGCUUCGUCGGCCAUUGUGGCCGCCGGGGCCAGCGAGAGCAUUUCCAUGCUGCUGUCGGCCCUCGGGUCGCUGGUCGGCGCGGCGGCCGUCACCCCCGGCCCGGCUGGGCUGGCGUACUCCUUCGCCAGCGGGACCUUCCGGAUCCGACGCUUCCAGCAGCUGGCCAUCCACGCGCGCACCCUGUCCAAGCUGAUCCGCGACAGCCAGGCGAGCCUGGCGCGGGCCAUGCACCUGGCCGGGGCCGGGGCGCCAGCGCGCCAGGUGGCCGCCCCCCCGGACCCGAGCUCUCGCGCGCGCCUGGCCCGCGAGUCGUCCCUGGUAAUCACCGACCCGGGGCUGGGGCUUCUCCUGCAGGUGGUCGAGCGCGCGCUGCACCACUCGCCCACGUACCUGGCCACGGCCGACACCGGGGCCGGCCCGUCCGAGGCGGGAGUCGCCGCCGCCGCCGCCGCCGCGGCUGUUGUGCCGCCCUCCUCGCUGUCCUCGUCUGCGGCGGUGCCGGUGCCGGUGCCGGCGCCGGUCUCGCGCGUCGCAUCCUCCGUCCCCACUCCCGCGCUGUCGGCCUCCCCGCCGAUGGACCUGCACCCGGCCGCGCAGGAGCGCAUCGCCGCCGAGCCGGCCGGCUCGGCGGUCGCCGCUCAGCCGGCUGCCCAAGCGGCCGCAGCGCCGGCCGUGGCGGACGUCGGCCGGCCGAGCUACGCCGACCCAGACCUCCUGGCCCAGCUGCCGGCUCUGCGCAUGGCCCGCGCGCGCGGGUGCACGGUCACCGUCCUGGCGGCCCUGGUCAGCCGGGACCCGUGCGACGUGCUGGCCCUUCUGGCCCCGGACUCGGUACUCGAGCACCUAGAUGGCCGGCCCUGCCUCUGGCUGGGGGACACCCUGGCCGAGGCUCUGCAGGCCCUGCCGGUGGCAUCGCAGCGCUGA